CCCAGCCCCUCUGCUUGCCUUGCAGUGAAGGCCGGAGGGAUGCGGAUCGUGCAGAAGCACCCCCACGCCGCAGACGGCAAAGAGGAGCGAGACAAAGACGACCAGGAGUGGCAGAGCGCCAGCCCACCCAAGCCGACUGUGCUCAUCUCCGGCGUCAUCGCCCGGGGCGACAAAGACUUCCCCCCGGCUGCCGCGCAGGUGGCUCACCAGAAGCCCCAUGCCUCCAUGGACAGGCACCCCUCCCCGCGGCCCCAGCACAUCCAGCAGCCCCGCAAGUGACCCGGCAUCGCGGACCCAGGCUGGCCAGCGGCAGUGCCGGGUACCUGCAUUCACUGUGACACCCCAGCGGUGCUGUCUGCGGAAAACGGCUUGCUCAGAGGUCUCAGGAGGCAAAGCUUCCUGCCUCUGCCUUGUAUUUGCAAUUUCAAACUAGGAAUGGCUCAAACCCCCAACUUCAUUUGUGGGAGCACCACAGAAGGGUCACUGUACCUCCCAGAAGUGCCAUUCUUGAGUUGCCAGGACCUGAUUAAAAAGCAGCCUUUCACACUUA